UGUAUCCGUGCUAAUCGUGUGCUUAUUUCUAAUUAUGUACCUUAAAAAAUACAAUUUUGUCAAUAACACGUCGAUAGAGUUGAAAUUUAUCAAUUCGAAGGAAAUUUUAAAUGAGUCGCGCCUCCCUAUAAAAGCGUCACGGGGCGAAGAACGAAAGGUUAACAAAAAGAGAAUACACAUACCGAAGAUUAUGCUAGAGCUCUACGAGGAAAGGAACAGGAAUGAGUAUGGACUAAAUUUUUCUAAACCGGACAUUGUGCGAAGCGUCAUCCCCAAAAAUGCAGGUACUUUGAAAAACAAAAUUUUGCAAAGCGUCGAAGAAAACCACGUACUGAUCUUCGACGUGCCUCCUCUACAUCGCGACGAGGAAUUCUUGGGCGCAGAGCUGCGUGUCUUCACUUUGCUGAACAACACUGCCAGUAGAGCACAAGGGGUGGAACGAUUUUUGAAGGUGUUAGUCUACAACGAAUCCUCCGAGGACAUGGAUUUACUAACCGAAUGUCAUAUCUUCAAAACCGAAAGUAACUGGAUCAACUUUAACGUGACCAAUCCGGUGAGAGGACUGUUAAAGCGCAACACGAAGACCAUCUCACUCAAACUGGUUAUAUCGGUUAAAACGUUCCUUCCAUUUUACGACAACAACGCGCACGAAUUCAAAUUGUCCUUGCUGCCGGUAUCUGAAGAUUUCGACCACGAUUAUCCGAUUUUGUUGCUGUCGUAUAUGAGCUUGAAAACGACACCGGUUCACAGACGGAAAAGAGGAAUAGACGAAGAUUACGAAGAAGAAACGAAUCGAAUUUGGGAUAACGAUAAGGAACAGAAGGCGAACGCGAAGAAAUUGAAACGUUUGAAGAAUACGUGCAAACGCAAGCCAUUGUACGUCAACUUUUCGGAAAUAGAAUACGACACUUGGAUUGUCCAACCCAGCGGGUACGAAGCUUAUCAGUGUACGGGCAAGUGUUUCUACCCGGUUGCGGAGCAUCUUUCUCCAACCAAGCACGCAAUCGUUCAAGCUUUACUUCACAGCGUUUUUCCAUCACGCGCUCCUCGAUCUUGUUGCGUACCGACCAGACUGGAAUCCAUUUCACUGCUGUAUGUUGACGAUCGCGGUGUCUUGACGUACCGUUUUGGAUACGAUGAUAUGGUCGUAGCUGAAUGCGGAUGUCGCUAAAUCUAUG